CAGAACCCUCGGCACAGACAACCAGUCCAUACACACAUCUCAGCGCAGAAAACUUCCAGAAGAGGUCUGCAGUCGAAGGUAUCUCGGUCACCUGCUGUCCUUCCCAGGGCUUUUUUGCUGUCCCUGACAACAGCCAUCAUGCCCAGGGGACAAAAGAGUAAGGCCCGUGCUCGUGAAAGGCGUCGCCAAGUCCAAGAAGAAGCCAAGGGGCUCACGGAUGCUCAAGCAAAUGCUUCAGAGAAAGGAGAGUCACUUGCCCACUCUGAUCAAGCUUCAGGGGAUGCUAGGCCAAGCACUUCUACGGCUGGCUUUCCAAAGCAGUCUCAAAGCUCAGCACCAAGCAACACUGGCAGCAAAGUCAUGGCCCACAAAAUGUCUGAUAAAUGUGACCAGAGCCAAAGGGAUGAAAAUAAGAGAAUUUCCAGGGCACCACUUGCUACUGGAAGCUCACAGAUGGAUCAUCUGACAAGGAAGACAGGAAUGUUGAUGGAGUACAUGCUCUGCAAGUACAAAGUUAAGCAGCCCAUGAGGAAGGGAGAAAUGCUCAAAGUUAUCAACAAAAGGUUCAAGGAAGACUUCCCUGAGAUCUUCAAGAGAGCUGCCUAUCGAUUGGAUGUGGUUUUUGGCAUUGAGUUGAAAGAAAUCCAGCCCCAUGGUCAAUCCUAUGAGCUUGUCAGUAAGCUAGAGUUCCAGGAUGAUGGAAGUGGGAGCAGUGAGCUGGGUCUUCCUACCAGGGGCAUUCUGAUCCCUCUCUUGAGUGUGAUCUACUUAAAUCACUACUGUGCCCCAGAGAAGGAGGUCUGGCACUUCCUGAAUAUGUUAGGAAUCUAUGAUGGGGUCCCACACCUCAUCUUUGGGGAUGUGAGGAAGCUCAUCACUGAAGAUCUAGUGCAGGAAAAGUACCUAGAAUACCGUCAGGUUCCUGAGAGUGAUCCUCCAUGCUAUCAGUUCCUGUGGGGCCCAAGAGCCUAUACUGAACCCAGCCAGGUAAAGGUGGUGGAAUUUUUAGCGAAGAUCAAUGAAACCAUGCCUGGUGUUUACCCAUCUCGUUAUGAACAGGAUUUGAUUGAAGAGGAAGAGAAAACCAAAGCCGAAGCUGCAGCCAAGGCUGGCACUAAGGGCAAAGCCAAGGGACAUUCUAAGUCCAAGCGCUAG